AUGUCAUCCAUGAUGGGAACACCAGCUUCUUUCGUCAAUCAAGAGCGCGACAAAGCUCUGGCCGAGAUCCGGUCGCGUGGAGCUAUCCACUGCGACAUGCCCUUGAAUCCAUCUCUGCCAAUACGCGGCGAAUUCGCUGCGUCGGAGCGACGAAAUAUAAGCCCGGCUUGGAAAGGGUGGAAAUUCCGCAACACGGCAGUACCUUAA